UCUCUCUCUCUCUACAAUUACGCUGUAAAUAUAAAAGGGAAGCAACUCCCACGCCUUUGACUUCCACUCUCGCUCUCUCCCUUUCUCUCUCUAAGUCGUCGCCUCCCUCUCCUUCUCUCUAAAUGCUGUGAGAAAUAAUAGAGAGAAAGUGUGGAAAUGGAGAAUUUCUUGAAGAACUUCGAGGUGGAGAACAAGAAUCCGUCGGAGGAGGCUAUAAGGAGAUGGAGAAACGCCGUCGCGCUCGUCAAAAACCCUCGCAGAAGGUUCCGAUUCGUCGCCGAUCUCGCCAAGCGAUAUGAGGCCGAGAAGAAGAAGCGUCAAAUCCAGGUCUCUCCCUCUACAAAUUCAGCAGAGUGGAUCUUUUUAGCCACUAGCCUUUGCAUGGAGAUUUUAUCAGCUGCUUGUGAUCAGGCUUCGUCCCCAAGUAAGCCUCGGUAUGCGCUGUUCGGUAUGCUCUUGGCUUUUGCAUCUCUGCUCACUUGCAUAUGGGAGCUGAUUUACAAGGGCAUGAAAAAAAAUGUGGUAUGGGGGAACAGGGGAUGUCACAUGCUUUUUGGUUCUGAUAUUGAACUUUUUGCGUUAGUCGGAGGCAUCGCUCAGUGUGUUUGCUCGAUAAUUCAAUACAUUUAUUACGUCCGGCAUGCUGAUAAUCCUAUCAAAAUGUCCCUUUUGCCUGCCAUCUUUGUCAUAUGUUUGAUAGCUACGAGAUUAAGCAGGGAACGGAUGCAAACCACAUAUGAGACCGGUGAACAUACAGCUUAGACAAAGAGUGAUUGGUAAGAUGUGCUCGUUUGUUUGUAGCCUAAUCAUGUUUCAUAAAAGCAUACGGAGAAUUAUGCUGUCAGUAUGAAUGAAGAUUCUCUAUAAACAUUUGUGUAAUUUGUUAACAACUUAGCCGAGGUUCGUCCUCCAGACACAGGACCAGGCAAGAGUUUCAGAAACUUCAGGUUAGACGUAGCUCAAAUCUUGCAAUCAAUCGAUGCUGGUUUCCAUUCUCCACUGUAACUUGCUUCUUGUAAAGUGGUUCAAGUCUGCAUAGCUGGGUUAAUAUCCCCAUUUGGUUUGUAUUCCCAAACACGAGAGUUGCCCUUCAUGUCAGAUGUCAUCGUUGUUGGUGUUAUAUUUUCA